CGCGCGUCGACACACGAGGAAUAUGAUCCAUUGUGUAAAACGGAUACUGCAUAGUUACCUUGUUCAAUCGUUGAAUAACUCUACGAAGGACAACAGAUUGUGAAGUUAAAAUGUCGCGUCAUCUGCAGCUUGCGUUGAGCAGCCGCUAUUAUGAUCGUCAAGGGAUCAGGUUUAGCCAACACGACGCCGUGAGACCUCACGGAACAGACUAUGGCUACUCACCUCCGCGGAGAAUGCUGGCAGCAGUUAAGGAGGGCAUGAUUCACCCUAAACCUCCCACCUAUCGACAAAUGGAUCGUGAUAAAACUCUGUGUAAAUUGCCGAUAGAGCACUGCAGGAAUUCCACGUCGAGAUCUGCCGGUGAAUAUACUUUCAAAUCUUUUCAACUAUUCUCUGAAGGUAGCAUUUAAUUCAAUCGGCUGCUGUAACCUUCAUUAGCAUGUACUGUUGAUUUACCGUAACUGUCGAUAAGCGUUUAAUAGAAGUGGUUUUAUAUAUGGAAUUUAUUGGGCUCAAUGGGCUCUCUAAGACAUGGAAAUUCUCUCUUUUCAAUACACAGGUUUAAUCUCGACCAAAUUUUUACUCCGAGUUAGCUAGCCUGCGGAUCGUAUUAUGAUCCUUAAACAAUCACAGGACCACUUUUGUCUUUAAACAAUUUGCAAAACUGAUAAAUGACAUAUGUUUGGCCAUGGGUAAAUUUAUUUACCUGAAACCUUUAUCACUCUUACCUAAAUCGAACUAAUCUGUUAGUCAUAUUUCUGAGCUUAAUUAAAUACAUAAAAUACUAUUUGUUUGAAAAAGAAAAUAGUUGCUCUAGAACACCACAAAGUCAAAUCUUCAAUAACUAAUCUUUGAAACCUUCUUAUUUACCAGUGAAAUUCAAAAAAACUAUUAAACUCACGUAAUUUUCGAGAUAAUUUAGAGCUAGAUUCGUAUUUUUGAAACUCAAUACUGGGAGCACAGACAAAAGGAAUUCAAUGAACCAAAUGAAAACACAGCAUUCCAUAGCAACCGCGCGCGCGUUAAACAUGAUCUACGAUCAUAACGCGCGCGAGCGCGUACGCACUGAAGUUGAAGAAGAUUCUUUGGCAAACAGCGUCAACAGGUGAAGCGCCGAAGGCGAAAAAAUUUAUUUUAUUAGCUCCCUUUUCAAGUAAGUAAAUUCAUAAAUGAAGUUAAAGAUUCUCAUUUUUCUUGUAUAAAUUUCUUUCGUGAUCCCUUGUUGGAGACUUUCGUGUAACAUGUCUUUGUUACCGAAGGCGAAGAACUCGUGACCCUUCAUGACUCGAGUUUUUCUUUCAGUAAAACAAAACUUUCAAGGCCAAGGCCAAGUUAGUUGUAAAAGAAGAGAAAGUCAACUUGGUGCUCACAAAUAUUUUCCAUUUUUGGACACAAAGUAAAGUAAGCCAAUAAACUUUUUUACCGAAUCUCUUCGCUUGCAAAGCAAUAUACGAGUUUCACCUUAAUUUCAGUAAACAAAGCAUAUCCAAGUGACACUUAAGACAACUGAAAAUCAGCUUUUGAUAGUUAAAUAAAAUGUUUCAAAUGAAGUUAAUAGGUAAUCCUCCGUUUUAUCGUCUGAUAUCUUGUCAAAGCCACCUUUCAGGUCGUUCGGCAAACCGCAAAAAUUUUAAUUGCUGCAGCUAUUUUGCCCUUUUUUCUGCCAAAUUAUAAAGACAGUUUCCACAAUUACAAGACUUGAGCGACGCAAAAUAUAUCAAAUAAUAGUACCGACUGACGGAAAUACGUCUGGGUUGGCAAGCUAGUCAACACAUGGCCUGCGUAGCAAGCGUUUGCACUCGAAAUCGUCGAGAAAGUACUUUCGCUUGCUAUUAAAGCAGGCUAGUCGAUACAAAUUUACAGUCAUUAGCACCCAGCAGAUGGUGUUUACAUAACGGUUAUAUUGACUUACUUUGUGUAUAGAUACUUGAGGUAGUGAUUCCCAAGAGGCUGGUAAUUAUGUUUGACCUAGUAUUAGAAGUUUCAAGCUAACAAAACCGCAGGCACUACGUGAUCACUUCACUUGCGUAAUGCUUGGUAUUUAAAAAGCUUUGAAGUGAAUGAGCUUCAGAAAAAGAAAAAAAAAACCUGCCGACGAAUUGAUAAGUCUGAUUUAGACUUUAUUUCAGUCGGAUUAUACGUCACAGAGUAAGAUUACCUCACAAUAGUAGUGCGCCCCAUUGAUUGGUCGAGAGCCUUACGUCUUUAAAAAAAAAAGUUAUAGAUGCAACAAAGCGGUGACAAGGUUGGCUGAGAGACUUUGGAAAUAUAACUCCAGGAUUGUCAAUCGCGAGUAACUCGGUUGCGUUCCUUUGCAUCUUGCUCGCGCUUCGCGUUUCGGAGGACCUGCGAUGUCGAUCACAACUCAACGAUGGCAUCCGUCUUUGGCGCAUAGAAAGCACAUGUUAGCGUCAGUAAAAGAAGGCCUUUAUCAUCCCAUGCUACCAACAUUCCGGCGUAUGGACAUGGAUACGGCUGUGCAUAAAUUACCAGAAGAACAUUCACGGACUACAACACCCUUGACCAGGAGUACGGUUAAUGCAUUCGGAAAAGUAAAGAUAUUUGGCUAAGGAUAAGACAACCCCUUUGAAUCCAACUUUCAUUUUGUAUUGCAGAUGAUUUCAAAAGCAGCACUAUCACACUGUUCAGACCAGCUGAGAAGCCGUUGUCAGGCACGGUAAGGUGAUAUCUAGUUACCGUGCACUUAUUACCUAGUGUGGCAUUAAGUACCGGAUUACAACUCGGCGGAUUUUUGGUGGAAUCUUAAAGCCUUAAAUUAUUUUUCUUAAAAUUUCAUGUUGACUGUUUGUUUAUUUUUCAGAGAAUAACCGAGACGGGACGCCAGCUUCAGUCUACAUCCUACCAGCCAAUUGAAUCAGGGUAGGUUUAAUAUCACGAGCCAAGAGCGUACCAACCGGUUGUUUUGCAUGUCGGAAACCACCGGGAACACGUCAACAGAAAAUUCCCCCAAAAUACCGUCUACAUAACUUUUUCUGUGCAGUGUAGUAAACAUUCAAAGUAAAAUAAUUAAUUAUAAUAUCCCUGCAAAACCUUUGUCUCUUUUACGGUCGGCUAUUCAGCUCACGUGAGCGGCGUUCUUUCUAUUUUUUCUUUUAUGUCAAGAACACAAGGAAACUGUUUUUGAGCAAGUUACCGUAGUUGUGUGUUUUCACUGCGCUGUAUUUUCUUUUAUCCUCGGUGCAUUUUUUAUUUGUUUACUCUAGCAAACGUUUCUGUUGGUAAGAAGAGUUUGUGCAGAGCUUUAGAUCUCUGGAACAAAACCACAGGCUUAACAGAUUAAAGCGAGACAGCGAGAGAGAUUUAAAAGGCAAAUGAAAUGGGUCGGCUUUCAAAAUGAACUAUGACAAUUGAACAAUGCCGGUUUUAACCUUCAUUACUAAUUAGUAGCUGAUCUACUUCGAGGUACAACGAAAACGCUGCAAAACAAAUAAUCAUCUAUUCCGCAAGCGUUCAUUUCAGCGCUCACGCUUCAGUAUUACCUCGCUCUAGUAAACCCUAUAUUUUUCUCUCAGUGGAAAAAACUAACGUGGGAUAUCAAGUUAGUUGCGUUAUAAACAGCCACUUUACACAUAGUUUUAAUAAUUACUUCCUGUUCCCAUUAAAUUAUUAGAGAUUAGAGUUUUUCCUCUUCUGUAAAGAGCCCAUCCGCAUAUUUUUCUUCCCCACGCUCUUCAAAGCCAAACCGAAAAAUACUGGAAGUCGUAGGUGAUGAAUUCUACCAGCAGUCUCUCUUUUUUUCUUGGUUCGUCGAACCACGCGCGCGAGACACGAUGAGCGCGCGCCUACACUUCCCCUACUAGAUCUGAAAAAGAGAGACUGCUCGCAGUCUAUUAGUCUGCUACACCAUUUGUACACAGCCGUUUUUAGUGUCGUCACGCAACGCUCGACUCUAAAAACGGCUGUGUAGCAGACUAGCAGUCUAUGGGCCCUUGAAAAACUCAAGAGCACUGUGUUUAAAAAAAAAAAAGGUACAGAGAAUUCGCCAAAGAUAUCAGAAAAGUAGUCUUCCCCGACAUGUGAAACCAUUUUUUUUAUUUUCUAAAACAUCGGUGGGAUUGGUGGCUUAAAGGUUUCCUCAGUUGCACAAAAAGGAUUUGCUUUUGUUACCAGUAAUUUAAGUAUGUGAGGUUUUUUCACAGGGGAAUGGCGGAAUUUUUGGAGCGAUCGAUGACAGCAAAAACACGAGAAAGACAACCUUCUCCCCUCGCUCCAAACGGUAAGCAGGAUAUUGAAUGAUUUCGUUGCACUUGUCAGUUAACAGGUCCGCAAUGUGUCCUUAUGCAAACUGCUUGGAGAAUUCAUGUAUUUAUCGAAUAUUGAAAAGCCAAUAGUGCUUGUUUAGGGGAUGAUCAACCGUACCAAGGGAUUUGAAAUUUAUCUUUGAGGUGGUAGACUUGUACAUAUCCACAAUAUAAAUCUAUAAAAUGAUACAUGUACCAGGCAAGUUUUGCCAAUUUUUAUGGCAACAAUUCCCAUGAUUUCCAAGAAUUUUUCCAUAUAAUUGAGUCAAAAUGAUUUGUGACACCCAUGAAUACAUCCAGUAAGUAAUCGCUAUUAACUGUUUCUUCCCCAGAACCAUCUGAACCUUAUACAUUUAUGCCUGAGCCAUAUCUUAAAUACUCUGCUGAUCAAAUGAGGUUCAAUGGUUAUGCAACACGAUAUCUGUCACCAAGGGAGACGGGCUCAUGGAGGGUAAGGAACAGUUCUAUGAAUGUUCAAGUUGAGGAAUUUUGGUUUAGAAGUUAAAAUGUGUCAAACAAACUAUUCCACAUUAAAGAAAAAAACAAAACAAAACAAAAAAAAUAGUGUUUAAUACAUCUGCAGCUUUGCAACAUUACAAAAUAGUCAUUCUUCCCAUUACUGAGAGCAGCUAACUGCAUUAUUUUCCCAUGGAUUUUUUUUAUUUCUAUCAGUGUUUUAUUGCACACAAAUCUUAUCAAAUCUGCAUCGUGGCCCUGUUAGGGUAAAAUUCCGACAAGUCAUCAAUGUUGAAACAGUGACAAAAGACAAGAUAACAUGGUGACAAUCAACGUGUAGCCCACAGAAGAGGAGGGAAGAAAUAUGAACUCCCUUAACCCUUUAAGCACUAAGAGUGAUCAGCAUCAAAUUUCUCCUUGUAAUUUAUCACUGCUUUAUAAAACAAAGUGGUCAUGAGAAUUAAGGACAUGAUCACACAAGAUAAAUCUAACGGAUACUUCAACAAAUUCUCCCCACUACUUCUAUUGAAAACGUAUAGGGAUAACAAAUGAGAAUUUGAAUUUUGAUGUUAGGGUUUAAAGGGUUAACAAGGUCUGCGGGGGAGGCUAAUUGACAUGAAGAUGGGUUAAAUGCCAAUAGGGACACAAGUGGCCUACUCCUCAAAACGCUGAAAGAUCAUAUUUGAAAUUCAGAUUAGGGACAUAUGUACCUACCCCCCUCCCCCUAAGAGAGCCUCUGCAUCAGCCUAGCAUGCGAGCGAGCUCUCUGGGGCACUCUGGCGGUGAGGCAAACAAGGAAGGAGAGAGCCAGAGUGCCCUAGAGAGCUUGCUUGCAGGCUGGGAUCAGCCUUGUCUCCAAGCCUUUUCCUACCUCUCCCACUUCUAAGGGAAAAGCCCUGACAUGAGGUUGGCAUGGCAUAUGCCAAAAUAAAUUUUCUUUUUCAUCAGGACGAAAUUUGAGCCAAACGUUCUGUAGUCUUUCACUUUGGAAUGAUUCUUACAAGUUAAACUCAAACUGCAGAAAUGUGAACUAUUUGCAAUAUCAUGCAAAUAGGUUAAAUAUGGCUCAUGUCAUCUUUUUUUUACAGUACUCUCUCAGACAGGAGCCGUAUAUAGACAUAAGGGGUCAGCGUCCUAUUCCUGCAACAAUCUAGUAAGUUUUAUGAAAUUGUAAUAAUAGCUUUAAAACCUGAUUGUUAGUACAAGCUAACUGUUAUUGUGCAAUUUAUACACGUCAAAUACAUUGUCCAUAAAUACCCAAAAUGAAUUUUAAUAUAUUUUUGUUUUACUUUCCCUCCCAUCCAUCAUCCCCUCUAUUUUAAGCCCCCCCCCCCCCCCAAACCCCCUUUAAAACUACAAAUUAUAAAAAAAAAUUUUUUAGGGUUUUAAAAAAAAAAAAAAAAAAAAAAAAAAAAAAAUUAAUUAAAGAUAUGAUUUUUUGGGUUUUUUAAUUUAUUUUUUUUUUUAUUUUUUUUUUAAAUUUUUUACACACCACACCCACCAACGACACACUAAUUAGUUUUCAUAUCUCUUUUACCCCNCUUCGGAAUUUAUGGUCACUAUUACUUAAACUGCAUAUUCCUUUUGAUAUUAAAAUACAGUUUGAUGAAAAUGUUUUACCCCCAUUUGAGAGAAUUCUAACUUCACCCUUCUCUAUGCAGAUAAAAAUUUCAUUCGCCCCCCUGAGAAAUAAAAAAACUCUGUUACAGCACUGCAUUAAUUAUUUUUUUAGCUUGUAACUUUAGCACAUGUACUUUACACAUUUAACUGACACAGCACACUUUUUUUUUUCAGUGUUGCAGCGAUGCAUUGGCGAUAAAAAUGAAUACUACUCAUGGAACUCAACUGCAGCCUUGAAAGCUUGAAUGCAGUAUACAGUCUGUUACAUCGCAAAAAGAUCAGCUUUGUCCGACUUCUUUAUGUUAACAAUUUCCACUGAAUUUUCUGUUAUUUAACAAAAAAAAACUAUGCAAGCACCUGAGUGAAGUUUUAGCCAAAUGAAAAAAAAAAAGAAAUAUGUUUUCAGCCAUAAUGGACUUAAAAUGUUUGGGAUACAACUAAAAUAUUUGCAAGUCGAGAGGAAUAUGCAGAUUGUAAAUGGAGACAAAUGUGUACCCAUGUUUAUUGAGAUAUCACCUUUUAAAAUGGGAGUGUUUGUAAAUAACAAAGAAUUAGUAUUAAAACAGUGUUGUCUUUGUAUAGAGCUGAGAGUAAAGAUAAUAUUGCCUUAAUAUUCAUCUGACAAAGAUGAAGUGAUGAAUAUCUGAAUUUCAUAUAAUAAGGAACCAUGGAAUGAAGAAAUAAAUGCAAAGAGGCUCAUCUCACUUUAAGAUGCAACUAAUAUGCAGUUGCCAAAAAAAGAGCCUGAAAAAGAUCCGGUUUGCCAGGAUUUGUAUGUGGAAGCCUGAGUGGAAAAAAAUUCUCCUCAUUCCACCCUAAUGUCACCUCCUUUUUAAUUUGCAAAAUCUUACUUUAUGCUUGCCAAGUGUGGCUCUGAGAAAAGAAGGAUGACCGCUCAUGGUCUAAGGUACUG